AUGGAAUACAGCCUCGACCACGAGGAGCGGACCCGAAAACGUAUUGCCCGUGAAUCGCACAAGCAAUCACAGGACUCCCAAAACCUCAAAGGCCUGCGAGCCAAGCUCUUUCAUAAGAAACGUCAUGCAGAAAAGAUCCAGAUGCGAAAACGCAUCAAAGCGCAAGAGGAACGGAAUGUCAAGUCAUCAGGCGAACCAAGCGAGCCGUCGUCCACACCACUACCAAAUUAUCUUCUUGAUCGCUCUCAACCUACCACUGCGAAAGCUUUAUCCAGUGCCAUCAAAGAUAAACGUGCUGAGAAGGCAGCGAAGUUCUCCGUUCCGUUACCCAAAGUCAAGGGUAUAAGUGAAGAGGAGAUGUUCAAAGUUGUCAAGACGGGAAAGAAAAUCCAGAAAAAAGGGUGGAAGAGAAUGGUAACCAAGCCUACCUUCGUUGGAGCUGAUUUCACCCGUCGACCGGUCAAAUACGAACGAUUCAUUCGCCCUAUGGGUCUCCGAUACAAAAAAGCAAAUGUUACUCACCCAGAACUUGCAGUCACUGUCCAACUGCCCAUUAUUAGUGUGAAAAAGAACCCGCAAAGCCCGAUGUAUACACAACUGGGAGUUUUGACGAAAGGAACGAUCAUCGAAGUCAAUGUGUCCGAGCUAGGGCUUGUCACCACUGGAGGAAAGGUGGUAUGGGGUAAAUGGGCACAAAUUACAAAUAACUGCGAGAAUGACGGAUGUGUUAAUGCGUAA